CAACACAACCUCCUGAGACUGAAUUCAAGAUGGCACUGCUGCUUUUACUGGUGACGCUGACAACAUGUGCUGCCACUCCUCAAAACCUGGAAUAUAAAAUGUUCACCUUCCCAGAAGCGACAAACACAGCUCACACGAAGCUGUUAACAACAAAACAAAAUUUAAGUGCUGUAACUGUCUGUCUCAGAUCCUUUACAGACCUCAGAAGAGGCCACCCUAUUUUCUCUUUGGCAACAUCGGUUGCUUCCAAUGACUUUCUGAUAUUCAAACUAGAUGAAAGUGAUUUGUUUGAUCUGUGGGCCAGGAACAAAAAUGCUGAAUUUGCAUUGCAAGACUACAAACUGAACACGUGGAAUGCGAUUUGUUCCACUUGGGAUGCUACCUCUGGAAUAAUUCAGCUGUGGGUAAAUGGAAAGCCUUCCAGCAGGAAAUUCGUCAGCUCUGGAUUCAACAUCAGUGAACCCAUGUCUAUUGUUUUAGGACAGGAACAGGAUUCCUAUGGUGGAGGAUUUGAUAUUAAUCAGUCUUUUAUUGGCAUGAUAUCUGAUGUCCACAUGUGGGACUACACCCUGUCUUCUCGUGAGCUCUGCACAUACACAAAUGAGCCGUGGUGGGAUGAUAAUAGGAAUGGGAAUGGGAAUGUGCUGAACUGGAAUGCUCUGGAUUUUCAGAUAACAGGAAGAGUAUUGAUAGAAGACAUGCCAUCCCCUUACUGUUAA